CGUGGCUCUGAGUGACUGCAGGAGGCAAAAUGGCAUCAAGUGAAGAAGAUGAAGAUUAUGAAGACGAUUACGAAGAUGAUGAUGAUGUAAAUGAUGAGGAGGAGGAAGAUGAAGAUGAGGAAGAUGAUGAUGAGGAGGAGGAUGAUGAUGAGGAGGAACAUGAAGAUGAGGAGGAUGAAGAAGAUGAUGAUGAGGAAGAAGAUGAUGAUGAAGAUGAUUAUGAUGAGGAAGAAGAUGACGAUGAAGAUGAUUAUGAUGAGGAAGAAGAUGACGAUGAAGAUGAUUAUGAUGAGGAAGAAGAUGAUGAUGAAGAUGAUUAUGAUGAGGAAGAGGAUGAUAAUGAGGAAGAUGAUGAUUAUGAUGAUGAAGAGGAUUAUGAUGAGGAAGAAGAUGAAAAAGAUGGUGACAAGAUCUCUGAUAAGCAGGUGCAGGAAAAAAUGCCAACAGAGAGCCAGAAAAUGAAGGAGUCGGGGAAUGAAAAAGCUGCUAAAAUUCAGAAGAAUCAAACAAACAAAGAAGCCGCUGCAGCUGACACAAAUGCUACAACUCCUAAAAUCCAGAGGGAACAAACAAAGAAAGAAGCUGCUGCAGCUGACACAAAUACUACGAAGCCUAAAACCCAGAAGAAACAAACAAAGAAAGAAGCCACUCCAGCUGAUACAAAUACUACGAAGCCUAAAAUCCAGAAGAAACAAACAAAGAAAGAAGCCACUGCAACUGUUACAAAUACUACGAAGCCUAAAAUCCAGAAGGAACAAGCAAAGAAAGAAGCCACUCCAGCUGACACAAAUACUACGAAGCCUAAAAUCCAGAAGGAACAAGCAAAGAAAGAAGCCACUGCAACUGAUACAAAUGCUACGAAGCCUAAAAUCCAGAAGGAACAAGCAAAGAAAGAAGCCACUGCAACUGAUACAAAUGCUACGAAGCCUAAAAUCCAGAAGGAACAAGCAAAGAAAGAAGCCACUGCAACUGAUACAAAUACUACGAAGCCUAAAAUCCAGAAGGAACAAGCAAAGAAAGAAGCCACUCCAGCUGACACAAAUACUACGAAGCCUAAAAUCCAGAAGGAACAAGCAAAGAAAGAAGCCACUGCAACUGAUACAAAUGCUACGAAGCCUAAAAUCCAGAAGGAACAAGCAAAGAAAGAAGCCACUGCAACUGAUACAAAUGCUACGAAGCCUAAAAUCCAGAAGGAACAAAUAAAGAAAGAAGCCACUCCAGCUGAAACAAAUACUACGAAGCCUAAAAUCCAGAAGGAACAAACAAAGAAAGAAGCCACUCCAGCUGAAACAAAUACUACGAAGCCUAAAAUCCAGAAGGAACAAGCAAAGAAAGAAGCCACUUCAGCUGAAACAAAUACUACGAAGCCUAAAAUCCAGAAGAAACAAACAAAGAAAGAAGCCACCCCAGCUGAUACAAAUACUACGAAGCCUAAAAUCCAGAAGGAACAAGCUAAGAAAGAAGCCACUCCAGCUGACACAAAUGCUACAAAUCCUAAAGUCCAGAAGAAACAAACAAAGAAAGAAGCCACUGCAACUGAUACAAAUACUACGAAGCCUAAAAUCCAGAAGGAACAAACAAAGAAAGAAGCCACCCCAGCUGAUACAAAUACUACGAAGCCUAAAAUCCAGAAGGAACAAGCUAAGAAAGAAGCCACUCCAGCUGACACAAAUGCUACAAAUCCUAAAGUCCAGAAGAAACAAACAAAGAAAGAAGCCACUGCAACUGAUACAAAUACUACGAAGCCUAAAAUCCAGAAGGAACAAACAAAGAAAGAAGCCACUGCAGCUGACACAAAUACUACGAAGCCUAAAAUCCAGCAGGAACAAGCAAAGAAAGAAGCCACUGCAGCUGACACAAAUGCUUCAAAUCCUAAAAUCCAGAAGGAACAAACAAAGAAAGAAGCCACUCCAGCCGAAACAAAUACUACGAAGCCUAAAAUCCAGAAGGAACAAACAAGGAAAGAAGCCACUGUAGCAUCUCAUUAAAUAUUUAGCUCAACAGUUUUCCUUAUUAUUUAUGUCAUUAUUAUUAGUAAUUGGAUCUGUAAAUAUAUUGGUCUCUUCUUCAGCAUGUUCAAUACUUGUGAUUUACCAAUUCAACACCACUCUGCAUCAGCUAAACCGUAGAUCAUUUAACACCAUAUAUAAAUCCACAUACAGUUGAAGUCAGAAUUAUUAGUUCUAUUGUGAAUUGUUUUUUCUUUCCCAAAUAUUUCCCAGAUGAUGUUUAACAGAUUCAGGAUUUUUUCACAGUAUUUCCUAUAAUAUUUUUUCUUCUGGAGAAAGUCUUAUUUGUUUUAUUUCAGAUAGAAUAAAAGCAGUUUUUAAUUGUUUUAAAGUCAUUUUAAGGUCAGUAUCAUUAGCCCCCUUUUGCAUAGUCUACAGAAC